ACUGCCCAGACCCAUCUUACGGAGAAGUUCUGCCGCGUCACUGAACUGGCGGAACGUGUUGCUGAAGCACGCAAACGACAUUUAUCACGCUCUGUAGAAAUGGCUCGUCAACACCAGUUCUCUAGCACCCCACCCAUAUCUUUUAUUCUUCCAUUUACAUCUCCGUCCCCACUACCGGCUUCACCUAGCUUGGCUAGAGUAUCUAACACGUCUUCCAGUUCGCCUGGCCAUGUAUCGCUCUCUUUGAAUAGCAGUAACUUUGUUCACGAAGGCAACAGGAUUAUAUCUGAUCAGGUUAAAUCCAAAGGAUCACAUCUCGGUCCUCGAAUUCGUAGAGGCAGUGGCAACAUAUCAGAUGAUACCAAGGCUGAAUCAUGCACCCUUACUGCUGACCAAUCGCUUUCUCUCUACCCCAACCUAAGUCUAAUGUUGGAUGCACCAAGCUCCGUCGCCUUGCGCAAGGCCGAGUCAAUAGUCCAAUACCAAUCACAAGCCAACCUUCAUAUUCUACGAACUAUUUACCAGGGGGAAUUCCUGGCCGAAUUGAGUUUUUCCCAAUACCACCGUCCUCGGAUCUGUUAA